CAGCGUUGUAGGUAUCAUGUGGUCUGGGGAGGCAGCUGAGACUGGUUCCCUGCAGGGUAUUAUACACAGCUCCAGAAUACUCCCUCACUCCCAGGCUGCAGCGUGCACCGACUACAGGGGGAUCGCUGGUCCUGAGCGUUCCCAGCUUCCUGGCCUGCAGUUGUGAAUGCUGAGAUAUAUGGAGCUGCUGAGACACACCUUUGAAUACUGCCGGGCCCAGCACCGCCUCUCCGCAUGAGAUACACGCCUUAGCGGACCCUCAGGAGCCGGGUUGCUAUCAGCGCGCACAACCAUUAGAGCCCUCUGCGUGCGGAUCUUCUUGAGCAAGAGACUCUUCUGUCCGCGGAACGCCGCUCUCCUGUCACAGUCCGUCCCGGCUGUAAAAUUCACAGUCUACCCAGAUGGGGUAACGUGAUUGGUCCCAAUAGGAUCACCCCCCCGUGUGCCUGACCUGCCAGGGACUCGCACCUACAUAAAUAUAUAUUUUUUCUACUGUAAGGAAGGGAGGCGCUUGGAGUGCUAAGGCCGCCGGAAGAAGGACGCCAUAUGGCAUAAACUUGGAUAUUGCACACCGCUGAGCCUUGGACACGUGUGGCCGAUCAGUUUGUUGUCGUGUGUUUUUUUGGGGGGGGAUUUUUUUUGGGGUCGUAUCUUGCACAAUAUUUGUGUUGACGUUUUUUGUACAUUUUUAGCUCCACGUUUGUAUCUUUGCUGUGCCGUCAUGGCCCGGAUCAAUCGCCCAGCGCCGGUGGAAGUUUGCUAUAAAAACAUGCGGUUCUUGAUCACGCAUAAUCCUACCAAUGCUACACUGAAUACCUUCAUCGAGGACCUGAAGAAGUACGGGGCUACCACGGUGGUCAGAGUAUGCGAGGUCACCUACGAUAAGACUCCUCUGGAAAAAGAUGGCAUCACCGUUAUGGAUUGGGCAUUCGAUGACGGAGCCCCACCUCCCACCAAAAUCGUGGAUGAUUGGUUAAACUUGCUGAAAGCAAAAUUCUGUGAGGACCCCGGCUGCUGCGUUGCUGUGCACUGCGUGGCUGGACUGGGCAGGGCGCCAGUUCUAGUUGCUUUGGCUCUUAUCGAGAGCGGGAUGAAGUACGAAGACGCCAUUCAGUUCAUACGUCAAAAGCGCAGGGGCGCCAUCAACAGCAAGCAGCUGACGUACUUGGAGAAAUACCGGCCAAAGCAGAGACUACGGUUCAAAGACCCGCACAACCACAAGAGCAAGUGCUGCAUCAUGUAACUGCCAAAGCGCGCAGCUACAGCCCCUCCCGCCACGCCACCUGCGGUCUGCACCUAGAAGCCGCAGCAGUCGGUGUCACAGAAAUUACUUUCUGCAUAGUGUCUUGUGAAGGAUCAUUUGCAUUUGUAUUUUACAGUACUUAAGGUCUAAUUUUUUUUUUUCUUUUUGAUUUCCUCAGCGAGGGAUGUGUGUAACACCUAUACAGGUGCGCCAGGUUUGGAGAGGGGAGGGGAGGAAAGAGUAUAGAUGAUAUAUUGUGAACUGUGAGCUACGGACUACGGGAUACACCCUUCUCCCAGCGUGAUUGCCAUAUGUCGCGAAGAAUGCUAUAAUCCUAUGUGAAGAAUUCUAAUGCGGGCUGUACAUUCUGAGUUCUGGUACACUAUAUAUUUUCCGUUUGCUUAAUGGGUCUUCCUCCACCCUUAUUUUGCUGGAUCACCGUGCCAAGGGCUGCACGUAGUGGUCUGCGCCUCCCCUCAGUAACACAUGGUAUAGGAAGCAUGCAGCGAACAUGCAAGCCUUAUUGUACAGCCUCCAACCUCACCAGGCACCAGCGAAAUCCCUUCCCGAGUUACAUCACCCUUAUCCGGAGACAUUUAUUUUCCAGCGACCCAUAGGUCCAGUGCAGGUUCUGCCCCCUCACAAAUCACGUCUGGCAUCCUGUGUACGUUACAAGAUGACUUCCGGCAAAAUAUUGCAGAAUGUGUAAAACGGGAACAGAUUUUCUGCUCUUUCUUAGCCUGUUUUGUGCAAGCUGAUGGAACGUUUACCAGUACAUAGCUCCAAAGGGGGGGGGGGGGGCGUCACGGUAGCCUCGAAGCCUGUACGAGGUCUGCAAACUUUAUUCAUGGUGACCUCCUGCUAGCACAAACACAUUAAGAUUGUGACUAUUGUACAAAUGUCUGUUACAUUAUUAUUUUCCUUGUGUACAUCUUUUAUUGCUGAUCUGGUUCAGAUUCCCUUAUGACUGUAUGUAAUCCAAGGGAAUUCUAACAUAAGUGUUCUUUCUGACGGUUGUUCCAUAGCCGCAAAUCUGCAGCACCUGUGUCUACAGAUCCAAUCUACCUCUCCCUGCGGGGGGGGCUAUGCCCCAGCCACAUCAGCCCCCUCCGCAAUCAUCAGCGGCGCAUAUAGUAUGAACUAAAAAAAAAUCCGGUUGUGAAGCCUUAUUCAACAGAAUCACUUUUGUAUGUAACAUGUAUGACGCAAGACGAUGACAGGACACGUGACCGGCGGACAUGUGAGGGGGGGGGGGGGGGGGGCUGCUUCUGUUUCCGGAAACCUUGUCAGUCCAUUGGGUUUGUCAUUUAACCAUUGACUCUUCAUGUAAAUUCACUAAUUCAGAGUUAAAAGGCACUGGAAUUUGUCACAGUAACAAAAACACCCUUCUCUUUAAAUCGGGGUGUUUCAUUUAGUGCUUUUCAUAUUUACGCCUUGUGUUCAAAGUUCCACGGGCCCUCCGUAGGCGAAUCCGUGACGUGGGACUAAUUGCUGCUAUUGUAACAUUAAGAAAUUAGUUUUCCCCGUGUUACAGUGGUUUCACAGUUCUUCAAAUGCCUGGAGAGGAAAUUUAAUUUAUCCCCGUUACCGAAAUGAGAACUCUCUCCGCAGACUUUCGCCCCCCAAAAUGGGAGUGAAUUAUGGAUGCAAGUUGGUGUUAAAAGAUAUAUUUUAUCUUUUUUUUUUUUUUUUUCCUUUAAGUAUUCAUUUAGUAUUUAUUUUUUUAAAGUUCCAUUUAGGUUUACUUGUUAUUUGCUGAACGGCUUUCUCUAUAUAGUCUUACCCUUGGCGUGUACGUUCACAGAGUGAUGCACAAUAUGAAACACGAGUGUAUUCGGUAACUUUAUUUAGCGCAGUUUAGUGAAGGAAGCGCCAUUUUUCCUGACAGUCGCCUGGAACCUGCAGAGUUCCGGAUUUGCACAACUGACGUGUUGCGGCGCUGUACGCCUAUUGUGUGCGAGUUGAGGAUGAAGUCACGGCCUGUACACCAUUACUAAGCGUUCAGGAAUACUAUAUAGGAAUUCUGUUAUCCACCGUGUAAUAAUAUACUGGUUAGUUCGCGCACACUACACUUCCGGGGCAGCGACGGCACUGGCUUUUGUAUUUGCGGUCACCACAUCUGGUUUAUAUACAUGAGGCAGUGUUUGGAUUUCUACAUUUAUAACCAUUUUAUUGUUUCAUCCCUUUAAAAUGAUGACGCCCUGACUCCUAACCUAUAUAUAUUUAGUUUUUAAUCUAUUUGAAACAAGAGUCUUUGUAUUUCUUGUAUUUAUUAAUUACUGGGUGGGUUAUGCACACGGUUGGGGGGUGGUAGUAUUUUGCAUUGUAGGGUGGAACAAUUUGGUGAGUUUGCACUGUCCUGUUUUGGUGAUGCAGGUGGAGGGAAAUCCAAAUGUUCACUGAAAGAUUGGGGGUCACAGUGCAAAACUACAGUUACAUGGUGACCUGGCCCCACAGGCGGUACUCCCAGUUCUUUAUCGUCCCCCGUCUUAGUCCUCCUUCUUAGAAUAAGUGCGCAGCAGCCAACCCUGUGUGUGUGUACCUACAGCUUCCGUGUAAUGAACUGUAUCCUGCAAUGCUGCUCCUGGUAACAUUGUAUCACAGGUAACGCCAGCCCUGAUUGGUCGGUUCCUUGUUAACGUUCCCUUUGCACAAAUAGCUUACAGUUCUCUGUACACAAGCAAGGACUCUGCACUCUCUCCUAACUUCCAGUCCUGCAAUAUUGUAUCAAGUCGAGAGGCCGCUGCCAGGGUGAUACAAAUAUAUGAUGUUCUUGCUUUAAUGAUGGAUGAAAAAAAUAAUUACAGUGACUGAACCCCAUUCUCUUAUAUAUCUUCCAGUCUCUUCUGGACCCCCAGCCCUCCCUCCCCUAGCGUACCCAAUUACUGCGGGCGAUGUUCAUCCACCUUGAGCAUAUCUAGGCAUCCCCGAUGAUAUCCAGAGAAUUCUAGUUUAAGCCAUUGUCAUUACACGUUAGGCUGGUAAACAAUAUGGCUUCCUCCACUGUGCUUCCACCCUACUCCUCGUUGUGCACUGAUAAUUGAAGAUGGAUUGUGGGGCGUACGGCUGCCUGCUUACAUUGAUCUGGCAUUGUAUAGGGCGGAUUCCACCGGGCCAAUCAAGCUGCUUUCCAACAUCCAGGUGACGGGAAACCAAAGAGCUUGCACUUCUUGCCGAGUGUAUCUCUCAGCCCACUUUUCUUGCCUGAUUUGUCUAAUUGGUCAGUCAAGGUUCUUGUGGCAUGUGCGCAACAUUAGACGGUCUUCUAGGUAACACAUUUCUACUGGACACACUCCUCUGUGCCUUUUCGUUUGUACUCAACCAAAACUCAGGUACUUUAAUUAUCUCUUCAAUUCUAGAUGAUAUGUGAAGAAUCCAGCAUUCGUUGGUUUAUGAGGAGGAUCAGGAGCAGACUGGUCGCCAUUUUAGUUUUUCCUUAUCUAGGACCUGUCCGUUUCCUCAGUAAGGUGCCGGAGCAGUUCUGGUAUGCACUAACGCUCCCUCAUUGCAUUUUAUUUCCCUCCUGCUUUCUGUCCCCAUCCGAGUAGCUCCCAACCUCUAAACUGUCGUAGCGCUUCUCUUCUUACGGUGCUCGGAACCGCUGAAUGUCCUUCCAGAUGCAAUAAGUCCGCGCUGUGACAUUCUCUGCCGAUGCCUUACAGCGCCUUACGUCACUUAGACUCUCGCUGCCUCUUCCAGUUCCUCUCUAUCACCAGGGGUUGUAUUAGGUCAAUUAGGUAGGAGGCAGAUUUAAUUGCCAUCUUGCAGCAUAGCAAAAUCUGCCUUUACCUCUAUGUUAGGCAUAGAGAGACCAUUACAAGAGGUUCAUUGCCCCAGCUAUCUAGACACUUCUGUUUUUGUUGUUUUUUUAAAUAUGGUUUUCUCCAGGGAUGAGGCUCAACCACAACGAUUGUAAUACCCCGCGGGGGUCAGUUUACUCAUAUUGCUGCAAUAUCUGUUCCCGUGGUCAUCUCCUAACCCUUCUUACACGCUCGGGUGUAUCCCACCACCGGCCGCAUACACCCCAGUUAUAAAUGUUGAUUAGUUUUGGGUGGUGGUGAAUAAAUGAUGAUGAAUACAAAUUCUAAUCCACUGGGGUGUGGGGGUGGAAAACGUCCAGAAAAGCAAGCCCACCGUCGCAGCCAGUCUGUCACUUCACUCCUACGUGUUGCGUUUUGUAAGUUAGUGAACUCUACCUGAAACUAAUUUUACAUUAAUUAGGUGGAAACAUUUUUUAAUAGAAGAUCUCCGGGGAUCCUGCGGCUGGCAGUAGAAAGUGUAUUGUGUACUGAUUAAUGCACGGAUCCUCCGGCUUGUGUUUGAUGUAUUCUUAUUUUAUUUCACCACCUACCGCGAGCUCUCGGAUAUCGCAAUGUGUUCUCCUCACGAGAUCAGCUCAAUAGGUAUCAUUGUCCGUUUCCUGGAAUGGUUAAUCUGCCUAAGCCGCCGCCUCAAACACUGCACUGACGCAGCACAAUGUCUGUGUAAUCUAGAUCUUAGUUUUUAUACAGUCAUCUAGUUUAAGGGCUUAUUACCUGCAUCAACAGCAUCACCCUUUAUCAGACCUGUCUCCCUUCACACGCCACAGAUUAAUAUCAAGUUGAGAUGAUGCAGGAAGGCCAGAAAAUCCAGCAUCUAGUGAUGGGGUUGGCUUUGGUUCCGCGUUUAAUAAAAAAUGUAAAAAAAAAAAUUCAGCGGCUUUUGAUGUGGGGCAGACAUGAACAGAAAUAAGGCAUCAUGCGGCGUGUUUCUCCUCCUGUUCAGUCGCUGCUGGCGAUUGUGCCAUCAGACCAGGGUGGGCGGAGAGUGUGUUGGUAACGGUUGCAUUCACAACAGUGUUCAUUUCCCCUUGCACCCUCUUUCCCAGAUGAAUGGGAAUAUAUUGCAAAAUAUUGAAUAGUGUUCCUAUGUUGGGGAGAAUUGCCCCUUAAUACUGAUCCUGUGUGUGACGUAAUUGCUGAAUCAUGUAAUCUGGAUAUUAAAUGUUUGACUGUAAAAAUAAGAAAUGGGUCCUACUGUAGGAAACCUUUGUAAAAUGUAACUUCUGGAUUUCCUUAAUGAGCGUAACUCUCAGUAGUAUUAGGCUUACUGUGGCAACGUACACCUCUGUUGAGGUCGGUUUUAUGUGGGGUCAAAUCAACUAUUGUACUAGUGAGUCUUUGGGACGGCUGUGCUCUUCAGCUGUGUCUUUUAUCCAUCAGAACAUGUCAUUCAUCUGCCCUGGAUACAACACAAAUGUCAUACUCUGCUUGACUGUAUAAAGACACGGCUGACUGCCGCGCAAGAAAUGCCACAAGUGUGUUUGGUAGAAGUUGCAGGAGAUUUAACAAACCAAUAAUAUCCAUUGGAAAUAAUAGUCAGGAAAUGUAAUCUGCAUGUCAGUCGUUUAAAUCACUCAUAUCAGUUUGCUAGUUUCGGCACUAGGGGGCAGUGUCGCCAUUACAGUCUGUUUUAGUUGCAACUUGAGCAAGUGCACAACAAGGCAGCUCCAAUUCACCUUGGAAAGCGGAAUCUUGUAUCAGCCAGCGUCUCCCCGCCGUCCAAAGCUAUAGUUUUAGAUGCAAGGAUAGGCAGCAACUGUUCUGGGGUGGGGGGGGGAAAAACGUUGCGGCGAGAGACAAGUGCGCCCAUUACCUCUUGUUCUGCACCGUAUGGAAGGGCUUUUAUUACUGCUGUGCCCCCUCCUUCCCCUCCGCGCUGCUCUGAUGCAGUUCUCCCUGCUUAACAAGGGAGAAUAAUCUUCAGGAGGGGGAUGAAAGAAUGUUAAGUCCUUUGACAUGUGUGGAAACCUUAGCCGUGUCAUGAGGAUAUCCUAUAUGCAGCUGGGGCCCCAGAGCCGGGGACGGGAGUCAGGAGAUGAAAGGUUGGGUAUUUUUAGCCCUGUGACUGCGACAAUCAGCCGUAGAAUUUAUUACAUAAACCACAUGUGUCUAGCGCAGCCCAUAUUUCGUUAGGCCCAAUCUAUCUUGCAUAGUAUUGCCCGUGAAGGCAUGCUAGGUCUUGUAGUCCAACCGCUGUCGACUCUUUCGUAUGCCUAAGUGUGUAUUUGUAAGAUGCAUCCAGAAAGUUUGCGUAGGAGCAGCACUUACACUGUCCGGGUGUGCUGGGUCCGUCUCGCGUCUCGCGUUCCGUUCCUGGCACAACGCGGUAACUUUACGUGAAGUUCUACGUAGUCCAGGGCCGCAGUAGUCUCCAUGCACUGUGUCCUGCGAUGUAACUGCGCUUUAUCGUACAGGCGGCCGACCUCUCCCACAAGCCUCGUACAUGGGAAAACACAAAUAUACGCUGGGCACUUUUUUUUUUUUCUUCCCCCCCCCCCCCCCUUGUCUGAGCCAUUACUGAAAUUUGACAGUCCCUUUUUUGAUUAUGCAAAUGAGAUUAAUAACUUUUUGUAUUGUAUUUUGUCUUCUGUACAGUUUUUAUUGUUACCACGUUUUUGUGUUUUUAUUACAUGCUUAAAUAAAAGAUAAAUGUUUGUAAAAAAAAUAAAUAAAGUAGACUCACAAUUUUCUACAUUC